AAAAAAAAUUUGAGACGAAAAGAGAGCCGAAUUUAUUUUUGUUCCAACUGCGGAAGUUCCGGGCAAACAGAUGGGGACGCUGUUUCGAUCAGAGGAAAUAACGCUCUGUCAGAUGUUCAUCCAACCAGAAGCUGCAUAUUCAUCAGUUUCCGAGCUUGGCGAAAUAGGUGCUGUUCAGUUCCGUGAUCUUAACGGUGAAGUCAAUGCAUUUCAAAGGAAAUUUGUUGGUGAAGUUCGUCGAUGUGAUGAAAUGCAGCGUAAGAUUCGUUAUGUAGAAUCAGAAGUAAAGAAGGAUGGAGUUAAAAUUAAGGAUUGUGAGGACAUUCCACGUGCACCAAAUCCUCGUGAAAUUAUCGAUCUUGAAGCUCAUCUCGAAAAGACCGAGAAUGAAAUGAUGGAACUUUCCCAAAAUGCAGUCAACUUAAAGACAAAUUACUUGGAAUUGGUUGAGCUUCGUCACGUUUUGGAAAAGACUCAAGGAUUCUUCCAUGAUGAGGAUGUCUUGGGUGUUGGAAAUAACUUGAUUACACAAGAAGAAGCAGGACAAACUCGUGGUCGUUUGGGAUUUGUUGCUGGAACAAUUCGACGUGAACGUAUUCCAGGCUUUGAGCGUAUGUUGUGGCGUAUAUCUCGUGGUAAUGUGUUCUUGCGACAAGCUGAGUUGGAUGAUCCUUUGGAAGAUCCAGAAACUGGCAAUGAACUCUACAAAACAAUCUUUUGUGCCUUCUUUCAAGGAGAACAAUUGAAGAAUCGCAUCAAGAAAGUUUGCACAGGUUUCCAUGCUUCACUUUAUCCAUGCCCAAGUGAGUCAAAGGAACGUGAUGAAAUGUUGAAAGGUGUCUUAACUCGUUUAGAGGACCUCAAUAUGGUCUUGAAUCAAACUCAGGAUCAUCGUACUCGUGUCCUCAACAAUGUCGCUAAGGAUAUCCCAAGAUGGUCAAUUAUGGUCAAGAAAAUGAAGGCAAUUUACUUCACAAUGAAUCUCUUCAACAUGGAUGUGACCAAAAAGUGUUUAAUUGGUGAAUGCUGGGUUCCAGUUCCAGAUCUUCCAAAAGUCCAAAAGGCAUUAACUGACGGUUCAGCGGCUGUUGGCUCAGCAAUUCCAUCAUUCUUGAAUGUCAUUGAAACUCGCGAGAAUCCACCGACAUUCAAUCGUACGAACAAAUUUUCACGUGGCUUCCAAAAUUUGAUUGACGCUUAUGGCAUAGCUAGUUAUCAAGAAGUUAAUCCAGCACUGUAUACAAUCAUUACAUUCCCAUUCUUAUUCGGUAUUAUGUUUGGUGAUCUUGGACAUGGUCUAAUUAUGUUCCUGUUUGGAUUCUGGAUGGUUUCAGGCGAGAAAAAAUUGGGUGCCAAAAAGACAAACAAUGAAAUUUGGAACAUCUUCUUUGGUGGACGUUACAUCAUUCUUCUUAUGGGUAUAUUCUCAAUGUAUACAGGAUUUACGUACAACGACUUAUUCUCAAAAUCAAUGAAUGUUUUUGGAUCAAAAUGGAAAAUUAAUUACAAUUCGAGUACAAUUAUGGAGAAUCCAACUUUGCAGCUCAAUCCAUCAAGUAAAGAUUUACAAACAGAUAUUUAUGAAUGGGGUCUCGAUCCAGUCUGGCAGUUAGGAACAAACAAAAUCAUCUUCCUUAAUUCAUACAAAAUGAAACUUUCAAUUAUUUUCGGUGUCAUUCAUAUGAUUUUUGGUGUCGUUAUGUCAACAUUCAAUCACAACUUCUUCCGUCGUCGAGUCUACAUUUUAUUGGAAUUUCUUCCACAAAUUAUAUUCCUUGUUCUGCUGUUUGCUUACAUGGUUUUCAUGAUGUUCUUCAAAUGGGUCACAUACAGUCCAAAAUUGGAACAGCCAUACUCACCAGGUUGUGCUCCAUCUGUUCUUAUCAUGUUCAUUAAUAUGAUGUUAUUCAAGAAGACACCACCACUUGAAGGAUGUGAAGAAUACAUGUAUCCACAUCAAGAUCUAGUACAAAAAUCAUUUGUAUUCAUCAGUUUACUCUGCAUCCCAUGGAUGUUGCUGGGAAAGCCACUUUAUAUUAUGUGUACAAGAAAGAAUCAUAAUAAAGUCUCUGGACAUAAUGGUGAUGUAAAUCAAGCUAUGGAAAUGACACCUGAAACACCUGAUCAAUUAGCACCAACAGCACAUGGAGAGUCGGGUCAAGGAGGACAUGACGAUGAACCUAUGAGUGAAAUUUUUAUUCAUCAAGGCAUUCACACAAUUGAAUAUGUCCUUAGUACUGUAUCACAUACAGCUUCUUAUCUUCGAUUAUGGGCCUUGUCGCUUGCUCAUGCACAGCUGUCAGAAGUAUUAUGGAAUAUGGUGCUUGCAUUAGGCCUUAAAACAAGUGAUCCAAUAAAAGGACCAAUUAUGAUCUACAUCAUGUUUGCCUUCUGGGCAUUCUUCACACUCGCAAUCUUAGUCAUGAUGGAAGGAUUGUCAGCUUUUCUCCACACUCUUCGGUUGCAUUGGGUUGAGUUUAUGUCGAAAUUCUACGAAGGUCUCGGAUGUCCCUUCCAGCCAUUCUCAUUCAAAAUAAUUUUGGACGAGACAGAGGAAUAGAUCAAAUUACUUAUGUCAAUUAUUAAGCUAUGAAAAAGUGCUGUUAUAUAAAAUAAUAAUGUG